GAAUCUAGCGGGGCUCAUUCCAGGCUGAGGCACAGCCUCUCAAGAGACACAGGCUUUCUGCCUCCCCCGUGGUCUCCCUCACAGUGGACCAGUCCGGGGAGUUUAGCAGGAGGGGCUGGGAGAUGCUCAGAGAGAGAGAAAGAGAGUUGUGCUUUUUGGAAGCCAGCUGAUCAGUGCUGUGGUUUUCUGCCACAGAGGCAGCGAGAGAGAGGAAACGUGACCAGAAAAGAAAGGAGGUCCUUCAGAGAGAGAGAGAGAGAGAGAGAGAGAGAGAGAGAAAGCAGUCAAAGUCUUUGUCAUUUCAAGAAGGCAUCCAUAACCUGAAGACGAGAAGAAAAACAUAUUUUAGGAGGGAAAUGCUGUCUGAGAGCCAAGAGGAGGCAGCGCUGUGAGAGAAGCUCGCUGUGGAGGAUGUGAAGAACCUUAACAUGCUGGCCGUUUCGAGGGGGGAAGGAAGUACACAGGAAAACAACACGCCAGGGCUGUGAACCAAUCAGGCGUGAUUCACACGAACCGACGACGAGGAGUAGAGCGCGAAGACAGAAGAGAAGACAUGUCCUGGCUGUCCCCGGUGUCCUGGGCCAAGUGGACGUGGACGGCGGUGCGAGGUGGAGAAGGAGAAGAUGGGGAAGGAGAGGAGGGAGGAGGAGAGGAAGGAGAGUACGAAGGAGAGUUUAGGCGGAGAGCAGAGGAGGAGGAGGAGGAGAGAUCUCAAGGCAGCAGCUCUGACUCAGAGGGCCAUUUUGAGACCCCGGAAGCAGCCACUCCAGUCCAUGCACCCCCCUCACCAAGAGAGCUGGAGAACAACAACACGCAUGCAGGCAACACAGAUUGGGAACCAGAAGAACACCUGGUAGUUACCAUACCUGCGGGUGUAGAGGACCCAUUACUCGGGGUCAUGGGUCAAGACGAGCCGGCGGCUGCACUGGUUGCCGCGCUGGACAUCAAAAUCCAAACCCAGAAGGAGGAAGAACCAGAGGAGAGAACCCCCCAUACCUCGGCCUCCUCCGCGAGAGCCCCAGACACACGUCCGACCGAGGAAAAGCCGGAAAUAUUAGAUGAACCAAGCACAACUCAAACUGUAUUACCGCCCCGAGAGCCAACGCCACCUCCUCCACCAGCUCAAGCUCCACCAGCUCAAGCUCUGACUCCACCACCAGCUCAAGCUCCAGUUCAAGCUCCAGCUCCAGUCCCAGUAUUCGCUGCCCCAGUCCAAGCUCCUGCCCCAGUCCCAGUAUUUGAUGCCCCAGCUCCUGCCCCAGCCCCAGUAUUUGAUGCCCCAGCUCCUGCCCCAGCCCCAGUAUUUGAUGCCCCAACCCCAGCUCCUGCCCCAGCCCCAGUAUUUGAUGCCCCAGCCCCAGAUACGAACACAGAGCCGGAGGAGGCCUCCACCGAGGCCAGUGGGCCUCCAGGCAGCAGGCAUCCAGACCCACCUGCGGAGACCCUCCCCGCCGCUGACCCUGAAACCCGGCUCAACGGCCCCCUCAGCCACACGGAGCCCCCCCCGACCACACCGGCCCCUAAGCCCAAGCUCACGCCCCUGAAGAUGAACACAGCGCGGGAUGAGACCCCCCGCGAGGACGAGCAGGCGGAGCUUCAGCCUCCCCAGGCCAACUACAAGUUCGACCCGGAUCAGCUGGACGACAGCUUUAACCCCUUCAUGAGCGGCGGAUCCAAGAUCCAGAACACGCCCCCGCCCUGCGACCCCGCGUUCCGGCCCAGACUAGAGCCCAUCGGCUCCGCGUCCGAGCCCGUGGUCAAAGAAGCGGAAAUGCCGGCGGAGACGCCAGAGAUGCCGGUGGAGGCCAAGGCUGUGAAAAUGGAGUUUGGUCUGGACGAGGGGGAAGUCUCGAAGCCACCCCCCAAGAGGCUAGGCGGGAGGAAGACGGCCACUAAAGUCCCCGGUAAGAAAGUAAGACCCAAGGUAGCGGGAGGUUCCGGCAAACCGGCCCCAGAACCCACAGUAUCCGACGAGGUUCCCAAGCCGGUAUUGGAGCCGGCCCCUGAGCCAGCAGCAGCGGCUGCAUCCAUCACGGCGUCGGACCCCGGGAGCCUGGACGACGUUCCCAUUCCCAAGUCGAAGAACACCUUUGACCCAAGCCAGUGGGACGACCCCGACUUCAAUCCUUUCGGGAGCAACAGCGCAGUGGGCAGCUCCCCCACGCCUCCCAAGUCCUCCUAUCAAUUCGAUCCGGACAAUUUUGACGAUUCUGUGGACCCCUUCAAGCCCUCCAAGGGACUGAGCAACGAGGAGCCCACCGUGGGGGCCCCUCCGCCCGAGAACAAAGUCACCGAAGUGGCCAAGGAGAAAGCGACGCCUCAGCCAGAGAAGAAAGUCAGACAACUCCCCAAGAAAAACAAGGAGCGGUCAGUCACGACCUCUGAGCGGGCCAAGCUUUUCUGUUUUCCGUUGAACGCCUGCAAGACCAAGAACAUUGAGAAUCAAACCUCGGUCCCUGAUGUUUUCAGUCAGGAGGAGGAUGAGGUUAUUGUUGUGGCUCCAGACAUGACUCACAGAGUCCAUCACGCCACGGAUGAGGAGAAGCUAGCUUCCACCGCCAUCAUGGGUCAGACGGCGGACCUACAGGAGGACAAGGCGGACACACAAUGCAGUAAAGGACUGGUCACCACUCAGCCCAGCAGUGACAUCACCAUCACCAAUGGGCCCAAGAUGACAACAUCAGACAUCCUGGAGGAUGAUGACCCCUGCAGUCUGAAACGCCAAAUAAGCAAGGAUCUCCCUGUGAAGCAGCUCCCCAAGGUCCCGUCCAGCGAGGACCAGGACACCCUGAUCUUCACCCAGGACGGCCUGCCUCUCAGUGAGAUGGACAAGGCUGCCGUGCUCACCCUCAUCAGGGAGGAGAUCAUCACUAAGGAGAUGGAGGCCAACGACUGGAAACGGAGGUACGAGGAGAGCCGAGAAGAGGUGAUGGAGAUGAGGAAAAUAGUUGCAGAAUAUGAGAGAGCUGUUGCACAGAUGAUUGAGGAUGAACAGCAGCAGAAGUCCCUGUCUGGCAACAAGACGGUCAGGCAGCUGACCAUGGAGAGGGACCAGGCCAUGGCCGACCUCAACUCUGUGGAGCGCUCCCUCUCCGACCUCUUCAGGAGGUACGAGAACCUCAAGACGGUCCUGGAGGGAUUCAAGAAGAACGAGGAGUUGCUGAAGAAGUGUGCGCAGGAGUACCUGAUGAGGGUCAAGCAGGAGGAGCAGCGGUACCACACACUCAAGAUCCACGCCGAGGAGAAACUCGACAAGGCCAGCGAGGAGAUAGCCCAGGUGAGGACCAAGGCUGCCUCUGAGGGCGUGGCCCUGGGAGCCAGCCUGAGAAAGGAGCAGAUGAAGGUGGACUCCCUGGAGAGAGCUGUCCAGCAAAAGAAUCAGGAGAUUGAAGAAUUGACCAAAAUCUGUGAUGAACUGAUUGCCAAACUGGGAACAGACUGAAGGGCAUUGGAUCAAGCCAGGAUCCCCAGACCAUUUUCUCUUCCACCUGGCAUGUAAAUAGUACACAAGCACGCAUUGGCACAAAAUAUUUUCCGUUUGGAGAAAGAAAUUGUAUACCUUUUUUUUUUGCUUCAAUAAAUACGAGAUUGCAAUAUCAAAGCUGAAGAUACAAAUUUUCUGUCAGCGUUUACAAAGGCAAAUGGUGUCAUAUCAUCGUCUUUAUCAUAGACAUAUAUUUUUUAAUAAGUACUAUUGAGACACGUGUUGUUUACUUACUCCACGUUUUGUGUGAGACCUAUAGGUCUAUAACAUAGAUGGGGUCAGGCUAACUGAGAUCUAGUGUUCUGGCAUCUUCUGGCAGGACGAAAAGCAGAAAAAUACAUGGACAACUUCCAUGUGGCCAUGCAAUCAUUUCUAUUCAAGAAUACUAUUGAUGUUCAAAUCCUAAAUUAUCAAUACACAAUACACUCUGUUUAAUCACAUCCCAUUUUAACUUGGGAAUUCUUCAUAUCAAGCAGGAGGAAUGAGGAUUAAAUGUGUCUUUUAGAUGCAAUCCGUUUUUUGGCAGAAUAAACUCUUAUUGACCCCCUUCUUAGGCCAGUCUAAAGGCUAAAUGUGGACAAAAUUACAGAACGAAAACCCGCACACGCCCACUGAGCAAUUGGAUCCCAUUUUAUACUACAUGUAUCAUUAAAAAUAACAUUUAAAUGUAUGUGGGAGAGAUGUGUGCAAUAUGUCUUCAUAAGUCGACAAAAAUAAUAAGUAUGUCAUACUGGGAGGCAGCCUAGACUGAUUAACUUAUUUUUGGUCUAUAGUGUAAUUUGUAAAGUUGAUGAUAUCAUAUUUCACAGGGAAGGAUUAGCUAGUAUAAAGUAUAUAUAAACCGACCACAGUAUGUUAUGCUUGUACACUUUUUUUCAUCUUGUAUUAUUGUUUUUUGACUUCCUUUCUAAGUGCAAAUAUGCAAGUGCUAUUUAUGUCUUGGCACAUAGUAUUAUUUGUGCUACUAUUUGUAUUGUAUCAAAAGUGAAAUUCUCCACAAUCGAGUAAAUAAUUUGCCUUUUGGAUUCUAACUGACAAUUCUGCAUUGCUAGAUACAUACAAACAUACAUGAUAUGGCCCUACAUUUGUAUAAAUAUUUUAAUUGUUUAAUGGAGCACCUAAAAAGACAUACACAGAACAUCAGUUAUAUUGUUGCAUAUUCAUUUUGCAUGAUUUGAAGUGUAUUUAGAUAUAAAAGAAACAUGUCUUUUAUAAACCAGCAACCUUUUUGAGAUAAAAACUCUAUAUUGUCUAAAAUGAAGGUAUUUUUUUUCUUUUUCUGUAAAACCAACUGUUGCUAAUGUGCCUUUUGUUUUUGUUUUCUGUGAAGAAAACAUGUGCCAAUCUCUUUGCCAACUUUGGUUCUGAAUCUGAUGCCAACGUUCCACUCACAAACUAUCCAGCACAAAGUAGGGAGUUGUUAGGACAUUGAAUAACUGCACUUUUAGAUUUCAAAGCAGGGUUAUACUGGUUCAUCAAAAGACCAUGUGAAUAUAUAUUUUUUCAGAUUCCACCAAGUUAUGUCCUGGUCUAAUCUCAAUGUUACAGCACAAGGGUUGGGUCAAUUAAGGAACUGUUUAUAACUUAAAUUAAGGUGUGUUCAUGGAUCAAAACAAUCAACUGCCAAAUGCUGUUGCAAAAUCACAUUGGUUUCAAUAUGCGUGUUAUCCUAUCGUGUCAGCUUUGCAUUUGUUUAAAGGUGCUUUUGAAAUGGGAAAAAAACAUUGUGACAGUACAAUUUGUGUAUAUUUUAUACUAAAAUGAUAUGCAUUUUGGUCUUUAAUGUUUGUAAAAUGCCAGAAGUGAAUACGCCAGAUUGUAUGUUAACCGUUUAUAUUUUGUGCAUAAAGCAUUCCUAAAUAAAUGUUGAAGGUAUAAAUGCU